AUGAUGAAGCUGGAUAGCUACGAGCGCUUUCUGGAUAUAGAAGACAACCUAACAAAACCGUCUGAGUUCAGGGCGCCCUCACAUGUGAAGAUUACGGGUCAGCUGAGUGUUGAAGUUCAAGAAGUAUCAUAUGGUGAUGGCGAAGAAUUCAUUGAGCCUUCAGAAAAGAAGAAGAGGAAGGUGUCAAAAAAGGUUCUGUCUGAAGUUCAGCUGCAAAAGCAGGCGGAAAAGAGGCGCAAGGCUAUUGAGCGUGAAAUCAGUGCUUCCAUAAAAUCCAAGUGCGAGCAGUAUAUGUUUUGCCAUGUCAGCCGACGAACUUUUGAUGAAUUCCGUAGGUUUUCCAGAAAGGAUUCUUCCUGCCAAUAUUACCUAUGGCUAUUUUACCCAAAUUGGAGCCAACAUGUUGUUUUCGCGUAG